GUCCAAGCAUCACGCGACCGCUCUGACCUCUGGGGGAUCUGUGUCUCGUAAUGCGCCUGAGUCCAAUUUCAACUGAGCUAAAUAAUCGAGUCUAGGAAGACUAGAAAAUAUUGAGCCUUAUCUGAGAUGCAGAAUUCUUCGCGAUCAAAGUCAUCGCUGUUUGCUUCUGUUUUGUUUGGUUCCGCAUGUGACUGCUGAGCUCGCCUUGCGUGACAGGGGGCGGUCUGAGUGACUGCGUGGGGGACUAGGGUCUAGAUCCCUUUGCGUCUUUCCCGAAGGGUUGAUCAGACGCUUCCAUUGUAAGUUAGGAUUCGUCUGAGAAGAUUUCGACAAGAAACAGUUUUUUCUUGAAGAAAUGGCAACAUCUGCCAGCAGGCGCCUCGAGGAUGAGGUGACGUGCUCUAUAUGUAUAGAGCACUUCAACGAUCCUAGAGUACUCCCUUGCUUCCACUCAUUUUGUCGGCACUGCCUGGAAGAGCUGGCAGUGCACUCUGAAGGGAGAGGUAAACUUGUGUGCCCCCUCUGUAAGGCGGGAUUCCAGAUUUCCCCGGCUGAUGUUUCGAGUUUGAAGGUGAACUUUAUGAUCAAUAGUAUUAUCUCUGUUCUUCCUUUGUUCACAUCUGAAGACUCCAAGAAGAAAACUGUUUGUCAAAUGUGUGAUAGUGGCGAGCCUGCCCAAGGGAGAUGUAACGAGUGCGAUCACUUUGUCUGUGAGCAGUGUAUCUCGGCUCAUAAGAGACUUCAACCGUUGCAACACCAUACUAUCCUCAGUCUUGAUGAGAUCAAAAGCGGAAAGUUACUUGCAAUGAGCAAAACUUCCUACUGCACCAAACACAAGGGUGAAAAGCUGAAACUGUUUUGCGAAUCUUGUAAGGAAGUGAUUUGCCGAGAUUGCACCGUUGUUGAUCAUAAAAAUCAUGACUACCUUUUCACAAGUGAUGUUUUCGCUCGAGAGAAAGAAGAAAUAUUGGAAAGAGCAAAAAAAGUUACAUCAAAACUCACCGACAUUGAACAGGCGAUGGCAUUGGUUGAAAAGGCUCAACAACAUCUGGACGAAAAUAAACGAGCGGCCAGAAGGGAUCUGGAUCAGUUUAUUGAUAAGCAGAUAGGGGCUCUUGAGAAGAUGCGAUCUUAUCUUAGAGGGGAGAUCGAGUCAGCUUGUCAGAAGCAAGAGAAGCAGCUGACUGCCCAGAGAGAGACUCUAUCCAUGAGACUUGCAAGUGCUCGUAGCAGUUUGGAGUUUGCUGAGAGAAUGUGCAGGGAAGCAAAUGAUGUGGAUGUCUUGUCCAUCAGGAAUGAAGUGCUAUCCCAGCUAUCGAGUCUUGCAGAGAAACCCGUGGAUCAGCCUUGUAUGGAGGGUGGAGUUCGUCUUGUAGUGGAUCAGGAAUAUUGGAGUUCCAUGUCAAAGAAGAUCUCAGUUGAUGUAUCAAGCCAAGUCUCAAUUGGUGAAUCUGAGCAUACAGUUCUUGAGAAGUCCGCCAUCCUCAGCGGCAAAGGUCCAGAGUACCUCCGAGAUCUCUUGGGAUUCCUGCAGCCCGUGCAGCAGAGUCCAAAAAGUCGCUGGGUCAGAUGUUUUUCUGCAAAAAGAGAUGGCUGGGCUGCCAGGACCUUCCAUGAAAAAUGCAACGGCAAAGCGCCGAACAUCGUACUCGUGAGCGUUGGGGGCCGAUACGUGUUUGGUGGCUACUCUGACGUAGCGUGGACAAUGAGUGACCGUGAAUGCCUCUCCUCCAGCAGGUCAUUCUUGUUCACGCUGUGUAACAAGAAUGGCUACCGCCCUGAAAAGUUGCCAUUGAGGGACCCGCCAGAUAGAUACGCCAUUUAUGACCACACAAGGAUCGGUCCGGCGUUUGGUGGUGAUCCGUGGUUUGGUGGUGAUCCGUGGUUUGGUGGUUGUGACCUGUGUAUCGCUGACAACGCGGGGGGUAAUAAAGCGUCCUAUACGGAGCCACACAAGUACGCUCGUCCCCAGGGCGCCACAUCUGAUGGCCCGUGUGACGUCUUUGCUGGCGAACACACAUUCACACCCGACGAAAUGGAGGUGUUUCACGAGGUGGUGGACUGAAUACAGCUUUGAACGCCUGUAAAGUGACAAUAGACAUAAAGAUGUAUAAAUAUUUGUUAGUUGGUACUGUGUCAUGAAAUUACUGAUUUUGAAUUAGGAUGUAUUGUGGAAAUACAUGUGUUGUGACCCGCGAAUGCAUCAUGGGUAGCAUGUAAAUCACAAAACUACAUGUUAUGAAAACCCCAGUGCAAGUGGUAAAAAGCACAAAAAAGAUGAAAAAAAAUCAGUUUUAAAUUUGAAUUUGCUCAUUUUUUUAUACCCAUGAGCCAACGCGGGCACAAGGAUUCUUUAGUGCAGCCUUAUUUGAAGUGUGUAUGUACAUCUCGAGCUUAGUUCAGGAUUCUAUAACACCAGUGCAGCUUACAAGUUUUGAUUAUUUUAACUGGCUUUCAAAAACAAUGCAUUUUUGAUGUUCAAAAUCUGUGACGGAUUACUGCUGUAAUAAGCCAUUUAAAGCAAGGCUUUUAGAUAUACAAGAUUGUGAAAUAGUUUAGGGGAGAAGUCUGUUCAAUAAUUAAGCUGAGGGUAAAGGGGGAUUAUAUGACAAUCAAUUGGGGACCUUAAAUUAAGGUAUCCUGAGUCUUGAGGGAUGACACUCCCUUAGGGCCUGAAUGGUGACUCUGGUUAAGCAUUUUAACCAUGGUCACUCGUCACCUUUUAUAUUAUUUUUUCUUACAUCAUAUACAUGUAUAAUGUAAUAUACCUAUUGAAAUGUAUAGAAAUUUGUGGACAAAUAAAGUUGCAUGUAUGUAGCCUCCUA